AACUUUUAAAUUGUUUCCAUGAUGAAAUCACUACUCUUUACCUUAUGUUUUUGGGUGUCUGUGCAGACAUGGCAUGUACCAUGAGCUGGACCAAAAAGCUGCUUCAGGCAGUAUCCAUUCAGUAUUGACUGUGGGUGCUCCCGACUCCCACACCUGUGCAUUGUUUGAUGGCUGCUCCAUUAUACUUCUCAUUUGCCUCUGAUGAUCUGUGCCGACAAGGUGUUGAACUCUAAAUUUGAGUUUUCCACAGAGUUCCUCAUCGAAAGUUGGAAAGCAGUGGGUGUAUGGGAUGGUUUUCACACGGUCUCCGGUGGUUCUGGAGGUGUUGUCUUAUGCCUGCUGUGCCUAAUCCUGAAAUAUUAAACUACACCAACACCUUUUAUUUACUUGGUUCAGUAAUGUUCAUGUAGAGAACUGACGAAGCAGAUGAAACAUUAUGUUUUUCUUUAAAAUUUAUUUCAUAACAUCAGUUGUUUCUUUUGAUGUGAGUCCAUUUGUAUGAAACAUUACACCAUUUAGCAAAAAAAAUAUUAUGAUUAUGAUAUUGACUGGUUUAGCGCUUUUAAAUUUACACAUGGCUGGAGUUUUAUUGAGUCCCUCAAGGGCAAAAAAAUUAUUAAGGUGGAGGAAUUUACAAAAAGACUUAAGGGGUCCGCCUACCUGGGCACACAUACGGUGUGCAGAGCUUCAGGAAAAACAACGCGAUUUCAAAACUACUCAAGAUAUCCGAGUGGGACCUAUUUACGAAUAGCAUUUAAGAGUUCGCUGAGGCCCGAAAAGUACUUUUAAUUUCGGAUUAAGUUUUUAAACUGUAUUUUUAGAAGCGUUAAAAUGCCUAAAACGCGUGUUUUCAGAGUAAUUUUUAGGCAUAAAACAAUCAGUACAGAUUCUUGAAAGCACUUGAGGGGCUUGCAUAACACCUUUAUCUUCAUUUCUCCGCCAUAUAAUGUUACGGUCACCGCUCAAAUUUCACAGUUAUCCUGUGACGACGAGACGAAUGCGCGCCAGUUCAGAGCCUUGCGCUUAGAGGCUAUACCGCGCUGGAAGGACCAGCGAGCGUCGCGCUUAUCAUCCCGCCUCACUAACACACAUACACCCCUGACGAGGCGGGCCCCUUAAGGUACUGGUAUUCAAAGCACUACCGCCGAACCUACAGAACUCAAUUUGAUUUUUGUAAACUUAACUUCAGUCAUGCAUGAUGGGUUUGGUGCUGAAUUAUUGACCCUUGCCUAGCCAAGUAAAGGUUAUAAAAAUUUACCGAGGUCAAGUAAAAAAAAAAAAAAAAAACAGAAUCUUGUAGGGUUAUUCAGAUACAAAAAAGACUGAACUAGAAGUGUCUGUGCCAAAUCCGACCAUAUUAUGUACCUAACUGAAUGAAUUAAAGUUGUAUGUGUACUGUAAAGAAUAAAUAGUAAGAGGGCUCAUUUUCGCCUUGCCUUAGUAGAGCUCAGUGAUAAGAGCUGACAGCACUGUGCACCAUUGAUAACACACGUAUGUUUCACGGCUCUACCUUUUCCUGUACACCAUUGAUAACACACGUAUGUUUCACGGGACUACCGCACGUACUCAGUGUGCUUAUGGGAAAUAUUGUGUUGCUUAUAGACGUGCGUUGGUGCGCACAGUGUGCAAUGUGUGGCCUCUGUGAGCCGCCGUUGUGUCCCGGAGCGCGCGCCCUGAGCUACAGUCGGCGCAGGACAGGAUGAGCUCUGUGGGCCAGGGAGAAGGAGGUGACCACAGCUUCGACAAGAACUCUCCGCGACCCCCGGUGCCAGGCGAGGAGACAGAGUGUGCGUCCGUGUUCGGGGGCACCCACUCUCCCGGCUUCUCGUCAACAUGGGGCUCGUCCCAGAAGUUCAAGCAAGGGGGCAGCUCCCCUGCGCUCACCCCCAGGAGGUCCAGCCUGGCCUGCCAUACUGCGCCUGGAGGAGAUACAGACGCGCCCCUGGGCUUCGAGCCGGAAGGGCAGUGCGGGGAGGGCAACGGCAGCGAGGGGCCGCCCCCGUGCCUGCGCUGGGCGUGCAACCUGCGCAGCCUCCUGGAGGACCCGGAGGGGGUGGAGCUGUUCAAGCGCUACCUGGAGCAGGAGGGCCACGUCGACACGCUCAACUUCUGGUUCGCCUGCGAGGGCCUCAAGAAGCAGGACCCCGACAUCAUCAGCCACAUGGUCAAGGUCAUCUACAAACGCUUCUUCGUGAAGACCCAGCUGGGGAUCCCGGAGGACCUGCGUAAGGAGGUGCACCGGCGCGUGAAGGAGGGCAAGGACCUGCUGGACGGGGGAGUGUUCGACGGGGUGCAGGAGGAGGUGGAGCGCCUCAUAGACGACACCACCUACCCCAACUUCCUGGGCUCGGAGCUGUACCUGCGGCACGUGCAGGCGGCCCAGUCGUCGGCCCAGACCUCCCCCUCCCCCUCGACGUCCUCGUCAUCCGGCUCGUCGGGCAGCGGGCGGGACGCGUCGGCCGCGGGGCCGGGCCCCGGGCCGCUCCCCACCCUGCACGAGGACGCCGAGCUGGUCACCGCCCCGCCCCUGCUGCCGCUCACCAGGGACACGCUCAUCGCCACGCAGAAGCGGCGCGCCUCGGGGCUCACCCCCAAGCCCGAAGCCUACGUGGGGGCGUACUUGCAGCAUGCUCACCACCCCUACCUCCCCUACGCCCCCUACAACCCCGUGUCCCGCCAGGAUAGCGAGCUCCAGUCCCUCAGCUCGGACGCCCGCACAGAGUCGGACAGCAUGUCGCUAGUCGACAGCUCCACCGACGGCAUGUCGGUGUGUCGGGGGCGGGACUCCAAGAAGCAGCACGUGCGGCACAGCAAGCAGAUGAAGGAGAGCGCGACCAUCAACCGGGACCCCUACAUGCACCACACCAUCAUACCCAGGACGCAGCGCAUACAGAAGGAACAGGUGCAUCCGAUGAACCCUGACGACUUUGCUGCGAUACUGAUAGAGAAGUUGGACCACGUCAAGAAGGAGCAGGAUGCUCAAGAAAAGUUUGAUCACAAACUGUUAGAGGGGGUGAUAGGUGGCACAGACGAACCGUACAUGAUGGAUCAGGCUGCCCCUCGUAUGCUUGCCGAUGCCAUCAGGGAGAAGUUCCAAGUGGAGGAAGAAGACAGUGUCCAGGAUAUCCUUGAUCAGCACGUGUCGCGGGUGUGGUCAGACCUGACGCCCUCUCGCUCUCCGGGCCUCGCGUCGCCGCGGCCUAAAUCCCCAGACGGCAGGCGGAGACCUAACGUUCUUCCUAUCAGCAAGAUGGUGCACGCCUUGGUGUCCCCGAGCGCUGCCAUUCCGUCCCACUUUGGCAACGCGAGUGCCGUUCAUGGAGUGCCUCACCCCUACCGCUCCUCGCACUACCCUCGUCACGCUCGCAAGGAGAAGGAUGUGUUCUCGACCUUCUCGUCCGACUCUGGCAACGUGCACGACUUCCUGGAGUCCUCGGACCACAAGCACCACACGAGCAGCAGCAGCGGCAGUGGCUACCUGCCCAAGAGCCGCUCCAUGCCGGACUACCAGGACUCCCAGAAGAUGGAGCUGUCAGGUUACGACUCGCGGCAUCGCCAGAGCAGGGACGCCUGCCGCAGAUCCAGCAGCAAGAAGACGCUGACGGACCAGACGGACAGCGGAGUGAGUGUCGUGUCGGACAGCACCCCGGUCAUGGAUGCUGUCUCCGAGUGCAAGGAAAGCUGGGUGCGCACGUGGGUCAUGGAGAGCGGCUCCAGCACGGCCCACUCCCAUGGCGACAGAGAGAAGCACCGCCUGCGUAUCGCCUGCGCCACCUCGCCCAUUUCGGCCAGGCACGGCCGCAAGCUGGCGCCCGGCCACAGCGGCUCGCGCUCCGGCUCGCUGGAGCGGGGGGUGGGCGUGGGGGCGUGGGGCGGCCCGGCCCCCGCCCAGCCCUUCGUGGCCGACCCCUCCAUGCCGCCCCUGCCGCAGCCGCACACCCCCACGCAGCUGGAGGAGGCCAGGCGCCGCCUGCUGGAGGAGGAGAGCCGCGCCAAGCCGGGACGCCAGAGGUUCGGGGCGUCCUCCAAGUCGGCGGCGCUGCACAGCCCCCUGGAGUCGGGGCAGUCGACGCUGCGCAAGGGCGGGCGUGCGGGUCGCUCCUCCCUGCCCGGCCCGCCGGGCCUGCUCGACCCCCCGGAGUUCACCACCGUCGUGUUCUCCUUCUGCGAGGAGCAGGUGCCGUACCGCACCAAGAUCCCCGGCCGGCCCGUCACCCUGCGCCAGUUCAAGGAGUUCCUGCCCAAGAAGGGCAGCUACCGUUACUUCUUCAAAACGGAAUGCGAUGAUUUGGAUAUGAAAGUGAUUCAAGAGGAGAUAGUGGACGAUAAUGAGGUGUUGCCACUGUGGGAGGGGAAAGUGAUGGCGCAAGUGAAGCCGAUUGAGUGACUGUAUUGUAGCUCUUCUCUCCGGGAACUCGCAACACGAGAGUGCCUUCCCUCAGCCAACAGACUGACCCAGCACGGUGUGUUAACGCAUAAGUGCUUGCGCUCACGUGCUAGUGCUUUCAGCAGACUGUGUUCCUGUUCGUAACAUUGUUCCCAGUCAUAGUACAACAUUUUUUUUUUUCAAAAAUUGAUCUGCCCUCCCAGGAACCAACGAUUGGCGUUUCCUGGGAGGGAGGAACGUUAUAUUCUGUAAUUCAGGUGUUUUUUUUUUUAAAUAUUUAUUCCUGAAAUGUUAGUUUUGAUUGUGUUUUAUUUAUUGCACUGGUGGCAGCUGAUGUCCUCAUUACUAAUGGAAGACAAUAGGCAAAUGCACGUGUGUUUAUUUAAGUAAUUGGUAAGUACUAAUGUUAGUGGCAAUCACUAAUAUGUGGUGGUGUCUGUUUUGGAGAUGUAUUGAAAAAAAAAUUUUAGCAAAACGAGACGUAGAUUUGUUGGGGGAUUUUAAGAAAAGUAUUCUGAAAAUCGACAGCAGAGAAAUGUCAUUUAAACUAAGAAGCAACCUUUAUUUUAUUGCUGAUCUGCUCUUAUGUUUUUUCCAUUCUGUCUCAAACCUUAAGUACAAAUAUGUUUGCUGAGAUUCAUGUAAAUAUCCUGAGUUUUCAUACCGAUGGUUAUACUGUAUAAUGUAUAACUUAUACAUACUGUUUUAUUUAUCUGAAAACAAUUUGUUGUAAUAUUUUAUUUAUAUUAUUUGCAUAUGUUCAAUGUACAAUUUUAACUACUAGACACAAAUUCAGAGUAAUAUUAAAUGGUUUUGUAGGUAAAUUUACCUAUUUUAGCAUUUAUGACAUGUGUGAAUUCACCACAAAUCAUAAGAUAGCUGGUAAAUGCUUUCUAUGAAAGCCUAUGUUGGUCGUGCAGUGUAGACUAAUAGUUACUAAUGCUUUUUUUUAAUAAAUGAUAAUGUACUCAUAAUGAGCCUUGUUUAAUUGUAUAGACACAAAAAUUAUUAGCCAGCUCAAAAUAAAUUGGAAUUGGGUUUUUUAGAGGGGGGCGGGGGGUGUUGUCUGUGGUGUAGAUUUCUCAUUUAAAUACAAUGCAUCCACUAUAAAGUGGUGUGGAAGAGUCUCGCUUUGAGGCCCAUGAUAAACUGAACCUAAUUCUUAUAUAUCUCAGCAAUGUACCAAACAACUCUUGUACAUUCACACGUCACUGACUUGUUUUACUCCGCAUUCUACAUCUGGGCAGGGCCGUCUAGAGAUUUUUUUAAAUUUAUAAAUUUAUGAGUUUAACCAGAUAUUUUGACAAAAUUACACUUAUUGUUAUUGCUAAUAAACAAGUUAUGAAAUAAAUGCAGAACACAUUACACCAUUGUAAUAUUUUGUGUUUUUUUUUUUUUUUUUCCCUUAACUAAAAUUAAUUUACUGGCACAUUUUCUGGGACCUUGGUUACAAAACUUAUAUCACUCCAGACCUCCGGCUAGCUCAAAAUUGGUCUAGAGUGCACAUACAUGACCACUUGAAGAAAGUUGUUUAGCACUGAAAAAAAAUAUCAAAAUAAUUGUUACCUCUUGUGAUUGAUUACUUAUAUGUAAGGUCUCUCAGACAUAAACAGAUUUUUACUGUUUUUUUUUUUUUUUUAAAUUUUUUUUCCCAUUCAAAAAAUUUACAAAUCACUAUAGCCUCUAUCGUCCGACCAAGAAAACAAAUGUAUGUUGAAUAUACAAACUGGUCGCACAAAAGAUUUUCACUGACACCAAAACUGAAAUUUGCUGUUUGUCUGUAUGGAAGGCGAAAAAUACAUCUACUGUUCGCAAGUAAAUCCAGUUGUUUGUAACACACAGUACAAGCCAAAGGACUCCAUCUUCCCAAAUGACGACGUUACUCAAAUAAUCGUUUUAGGCUGAUACCGGCAACUGUGCUCAUACAAAUUCUAACGUAUUUACCCGCAAAAGGAUUGUCCUUUCAUAUGGGUCUCCCCUUUAAUUUUGGGGGGAAAAGCCUAACAUUUGUACCUUGAGUCACCCUCGAAUAUGAGUCACGUCAUAUAACAUUAGAAACAGCACUGAUGUCCUUCAUCUUUCCCCUCUUCAUUCUUUAUGGCCUUCCCUUUCCCUCCCCCCUUUCACCCUAGCACUAUCUAACAUAAAAUACAAAGGAAAAGAAUGAUAUUUUUUAUACCCAUGUUUUCCUUCCGGUCUUCCGCAAGAGACAAAUCCACAGGCUAUUUCUUUAUCAGUUUUGUUUGGCAGUUUCUUCGAUAAAAACAAGCACGUCCUUUACAGCAGUUUUGUCAUGAAUGAAAUGUUGCAGUAGAAAGCGUAGAAAAUCUCACAAAAAAAAAACAAUGUUUGGACACAGUUGUGUCACACAAACAUGUCAAGAUAGAUGUGAUAAUAAUUGUGUAUGGUGCCAGUUCACAAUGACGAGAGAAAAAGGGAGAACCAUAAACACACCACAUCAUGAUGUUUAUCUGACGGUACCUCGCACAGACGCUGAAUGACUCCAUUUCUGCUCUUUGUCCUCCAAAAAAAUUUUUUUUUUUAAUUUUCUGCAUAUAAUAGUUUUUUUUUAUUUUGCAAAAAUAUUCUCAAGUUUCAAUUUACAGCCUCCCUUCCAUUCCUUACACUUAAAAAUGUUGUAUCUUUCUCAAGCUCUUUAUCACAAGAGUUUAUAUUUCAUUACACACUCAAAAAAAAAAUAUAUCUGUUAGACAAUUUGUAAAUAAUCUCACUAAAAUAGGCUAUUCAUUUUAAUCUUCAAUUUGGUACAUAAGUAUUUUCAUCAAUAUGUGUAAUAUUCAAGUUCGGCAAAACAUUUGUAAUGAACAUGCAGGUAAGUGGAACUACUAACAUUAAUAGUCUAAUGGAUUACAACAGGAUUUUUUUAUCACUUGCUUUGAUAACAGUUGGCAAGGAAAACUAUGAGCCAACAUUUUAGGAAUUUAAUAUACAAAACCAAUAAUCAGUCCAUUUAAUCUUUAAGUGCAAACUGUACAGCAAUACCUCGACUUAUGCUGUCUUACACAAAUCCAGAGUUACAAGAUUUUAAAAUCUUUUGGAAUCGUUUGUCUUUUGUUUUAAUGUAUUGUGACUCUUUCUCCACUCUGUCCACACUACGUGAAUUUGACUUGCUCUGUUAUCGAUCUGUCCCACCGCAUAAGUUCAGGGUAUUACUGUAUAUGGUUUCAAGUCUUUGAUAAUUUUCAAACUCAUCAUCUGUAUUAAACAUUUCUAUGCAUAACUGUACAAUUUGAAAUUUUUGUUAAAUUUGUAUUGACUUUGAAUGAUGCAUUUUACAUGAGUUUUCUAGGUUGUCAGGUGUCACUCGGAUAAAUAUGAGUUAUUACCAUUUUAUGUUAUCCUUAUAUAAUUACUAAUCAGCUGCUGAGAUCUUUGUUCAUAGUAUCUUAUUUUACUAGUGUGGUAGAAAAAAAUUUCUCUUUACCAUCAAAUUUGUCAAGAUUUCUGGAAUCCCAGCAAACAUAGUUGUGAUUACAGUAUUUAAGACAUGGCAAGUGUGGUUGUACGUGGAGGAACUAAACGCAUAAUCACACUAUACAUUUUUAAAUGUUGGUCUUCCUGUUUGUUUCAACUGCUCAUGAUUGAUUUAGAAAUAUGUACAAUGUAAACUCUUUAUAACGUCACUCGAUUUAACGACAAACGCCUUAAAACGUCGAAAUUGCUUGACUUUGGUUGGUUUACCUUGUUUUCUAUACAAUAAUACACGCUAUAUAGCGUCACGCUCACUCUAUUUAACAACAAUACGGCUUUAUAAGUUGAUAAGAAUUGCAGCUGUGUACGUACUUUUGUUUGCUGUUUUGUUGUUGUAUUAUCUAGCACGUGUUUACUUCGACUGAUGUACCGGAGAUUCUAAGAAAUUUAGCCUUUUGUUUUUGUAUGAUGAACUUUUACAUGUUUACCUCAGUCUCUAGACUUUUUCUCAAGUUGUAACACAUUAUCAUUAUUGCAGUUGCUUACAUAAUUCUGAACUUUAAACAUGCUAAGUAAACGAAAAUCUUUGUGUAUUGACGAAAAAGUUUUAUUAAUACGCUCUAUAGAGGCAGGAGAAAAGAUCAGUCAUGUUGGAAGAUGCUUUGGAUUUAGCUUCUCUACCGUGUCUACAAUAUGGAAAAAUAAGGAAAAAAUUCUGCCCUCAGAUGAAGAUAGAAAAUAUGCUAAGAAAUUUAAGAAACCUUAAUACGAAGAUCUGGUUCAAGCAAUGCUAUCAUGGUUUUAUAGACAACGCCAGAAUAAUAUGCCUGUCUCGGGGCCGAUCAUAUUAUUAUAGAAUAGUAAAAUGAUAUUUUUUAUAUCUUUCCAUUUAACGACCACUCUCUAUUGCACCGAAAAAUGCUCAGUCUGUUAAGUGUCGUUAUGUAGAGUUUACACUGUACGUGUGUGUGUGUGUGUGUGUGUGUGUGUGUGUGUGUGUGUGUGUGUAUAUAUAUAUAUAUGAUGUGGCACAGCACCGUUUAAAUUAAAAUACAUUAACUAUGGUAUUCUGGUCAAUAUUUCUGAGGAAAUAUUAGAGGUAAAAUUCUAGCAUGACUGAACUUUUUAAUUUAAGAGCACAGAAUAAGUUUUGAAAAAUUGAAAUAAAGCCUACUAUAAUCUUAAAAUUCUGAUUCUAAAAUAACCAUGGCAUGUAAAAUUAAUCUUCUGAGGCAUAGGAAUACCUACCUAGUGAUAGAUGCAUUUCAUGUUUCAUGUUAAAGAUAAUUAUUUUACUGCAUUGUUCAUUUCAGAGGAUGAAAACUCUGAUGGCUACUACAACAGUGAAAACAAGCACCACAAUGAGAUGGUGGUGAAAGUAUGUGUGUAAAAGGUUUACAAGAGAGCAAACAACAAUAAUAUUUUCCAUAUUUUUUUUCACUGUAAUGUGUGCAGUUGCCUUGUAUACCGCAUGAUUUAAGAGUUAUGAGAUUGGAGUUCCACAUCUUCAUUAUCGUGAACGUAGUCGCUAUGUAAUUUUACUUGCGGCCAACCUCGUGCAUUAUUUGCACAGGGUCUAAAGCACAAACAGCUUAUGAAUUAACGUUAUAAGGCAGGAAUGAAAAUUUUUUUUAGUUUAGCAAGUAAAUAAAUAAUCAAAUGUUUACUAAACAAGUUCAAGUGUGGAAAAAAAAUGCUCUUAUAGGAGACUCAUGAGAUGAAAAUUGAACGUCACAGAUGCAACAUAUAGCAGAGUAUUUCGAAGCGUGUGCACAGUGGUGAAUACAGAGGUUGGUGGGGGGGAUAUAUCCCCCCCCUCCCCCGAAAUCCUAAAAAAAAUGUUAUCAUUCCCAUCAACGAAAGGAAAGAAUUUAAAAACAGACAGCGGGCAAUCUGGUUAUCUCUUCCAUAUUCCCCCCUUCUCACUCUUCAUAAAAUUAAAUUCUGCAAUCGCUUCUGUUAAUUUUUUUUUUAAAUAAAAAUUCACACAGUUAAGGAACGACAAAUCACAGCUGAGCAUGCUUGUGCCUUAGCGUAAGUAAUGGAAUCAAGCCCAACGUGACAACGUUGUGUUAACCACGCAAGUCGUAUGAUUUCUUAAAAAAAAUUCAGCAUUCACAGAAUGUCGUUUAACUGGUCAUGUAUAACCCUGUCACGAGCCGUGAACUCAUUUUGGUGGAGUGCUCGUGUGUAUUAUUAUUAAUUGGAGAAAUAUUUUUUGUGAAAUAUUAAGUUAAAUUUUAUUCAAUGUAAUUUUCUAGAAGUGAAAUUUCUUUGCAAUUUUCAAGCGUUAACGAAAAUUCCAAUCACAUGAGAGGAAUGGUUAGGUACGUGGUGGGGAAUAAGUAGAGUAGUGUGUGUCAGCGGUGAUGUCACACUAACACUAAACCCAUGCAGAAGCGGACGAAUGGGAAGAUGGCAAGAGGGGGGGGGGGAGAUACUUAACGUAGCAUGCUAUAUGAUAAUUGUAACGGCCGGAAGGGGAGAGGUACGAAUGACGCAGCAGUGAUGCUACGGAAUUCUCGUGAUGCUGCUUGUGUUUGUCUGCUCUUCUUUUAAUUCAUUUGAGAUCAUACAUACCUACAUCCAUCCAUCCAUCCAUCCUUACUAUUCGCAAUUAUUAUCUCUUGUUCAUUAAAAAAAAAACUAAUAAUUUAUCUCUGUCUAUACCUAAUAAGCAUGAAGUUUCACUUUCUGUCGCACGUGGACUCCACGUACACACUUUUUUUUUUAUUAAUUUGGGAACUCAUAAGUGACCUUUCACUGCAAUGUGUGUAUUGGAUGUAUAAAUUUGGCAAUAUGAAAGUUAGGUGAGUUUGUUAAAAAUUGGCUUUUUGACAAAAAUUCUGUCGUAUUUUGCUUUCAUAGAUUUUGUAAUACUGUAUAAUGAUUGUAGUUAUUAAGAGACUUGGAUGGACUGAAGGUUGAGAAACUGCUUGAUCAUGUAUGUAAUGAUGUAAUGAAGUACUGGUGUUCAUUGUUUUGUAACCUACUGAGAGAUUUUUACUGAUUUGAUUCAAAAGUAAGUUAUUCUUAAAAGCCUGUUUUUUAACCCUUGUAAUUUUACUCUUAAAAUAUUCUUUUGAAGCAUUUAUGAAACUAUCAGGAUAUUUGUAGAACCAUGCACAACAGUUAAAGACAAGAUUAUAUGAUGAAACCAAAAAUAACAGUGAAAUACAAAAUGGAGCAAAAAUAACAACAAAAUACAAGAUGGAGCAAAACUCACCUCAAAUUCACCUCAUUAUGUAUAUUUAUAUAUAGACUUAAUUUCAUAAAUUUUGGGUUUUUAAAAUUGCAUAAUGAUUUUUUGAUACAUUUUAAUAGUAUUGAAAUAAUAAGACAAUAACAAAAGGUAAAAUUUAAAUUUUAAAACAUAGUUGAACCAGAAAUAAACACAAACCACAAAAAAAA